AUUAACCUAGAUCUUGGACGCCUAUUAGCAUUAUUAUUUCUUGUUCCUUGCGAGUAGUUCCCUACGUCGAUCCCUUUCGAGAAACUUAAUUUUUUAGCCUCUAGCAGAGAAGCAUGGGAGACGCGUUGGCUGCCUCCCUCCUACGCAAGCAGCUGAAGGAGCUUACAAAGAACCCGGUGGAUGGCUUCUCUGCUGGUCUAGUAGAUGAUAGCAACAUAUUCGAAUGGCAGGUCACUAUUAUUGGGCCGCCGGACACUCUAUAUGAGGGUGGCUUCUUCAAUGCCAGGCUGAGUUUUCCUAAGGACUACCCUAACUCACCACCAACCUGCCGCUUCACGUCAGAGAUGUGGCACCCUAACGUUUAUGAUGACGGCAAGGUGUGCAUUUCCAUCCUGCACAACCCCGGCGACGACCCGCACGGCUAUGAAACUGCUGCGGAACGGUGGUCACCCGUCCACACGGUCGAGACUAUCAUGAUCUCCAUCAUCUCCAUGCUCUCCUCCCCCAACGAUGAGUCGCCCGCCAACGUGGACGCUGCAAAGAUGUGGCGCGAGAACCGCGAUGAGUUCAAGAAGCGUGUGGCGCGGAUCGUGCGCAAGUCACAGGAGAUGCUAUAGUGCCUCUGCAUGGCCAUGGCGCACAUCUGCGUCGCGCGGGCAGCAGCGCUUGUUGUGCGGCCAGACAGCGGGCGGGCAGGGUGCCGAGGGGCGCAGUGCUUCUCGUAUGAGCCGGAGUGGGAAGCAAGAGGUCAAACAACGACGAGGUUUGGAGUUGUGCGUCAAGCAGCUUUGGGAAAUUGUUGUGCUCUGGUUUCAGUACGCCGCGCCGUCAGCGAGUGAGGAGCUGCUGGACUUGGACUGGGCUUGGCUUUGUGGCGCAUGCUGGACAUCAGGAUCUAGUGCCCGGACUGUAGUGGUUAGCUUGGCGCGGUAUCAGCUACGGCAGCAGCCGAUAUAAGGAUUCUGGCGUGCAGCAGGAAAGCUUUAGUUUGAAUGGAUAUACAGUUGGCUUUGCGGUGGACAUACGGGAUAGCAAGCUUCCGCACGUCUGCUUGGCUUGGCGCAUGUGGAGACUCUGUACAGCGUUGCCAUGGGUAACUGAUCGCAGGGAGGCUGCUGGCCUUUCCCGGCACAGCGCUGCGUCUCUUUGCAGUGGGCAGUUGGCUUGAGGCAUGCUGCGUAUAGGCUGCCUUCAUGCUGGCUUUUGCGCGUGUCGUGGUGAGGGUUGGUGAUGCCGGCUGCGCACCGCAAGGAAGACGGUUGGAUGGCGGUAUCACACUUAGCUACACGAGUAGGAGCCCGGCCCAGCAUGGGGCACAUCUGGGCACCUGUUUGUUACGCUGCUUUGCGCGGGGGCACACCGCCUCACCCGCCAUCAGCCGGUGGCGAAGGACUGAAGAUUUUCUUCUUUGUAUGGCGAAGAAUGGCAUGAAGCGGGAGGCAUGCAUCUGGCUACCGUAUGCAGGCCCAACUCUUUUCGUUCGGUGUGACGUAUGGGCGGCGCAUCGCAUGGUCCGUUUGUUGACGGCUGUAUGUGAUGGCCGUCCUCGCAUGAACCUUUAUGUCUUAGCAUGGCCGGGCAUCUGAACAAUGCCUUGCGCCAUGCGACCUUCAUUUACGGAGAGCAUGGGGUGGGUGUCCAGGAUGUGCGCAAGCAGCAAGGCCAGGCCGCUGUGCGCAUUGGGGCGGAGGAAGUGGACACCAGGUGCAAUGGAAUACUGCGUAUCAUGUUACCAAAUUAUGGCGUGUUUUGAGUGGUUCGUAAAAGGGUGAAGUUUAGGACGUGUGAGUGUGUGAAGGGCGGUGAGGCCUCAGCUUCACAUGCCGCAGGAGUGCAUUCUUCACUGUUGUGUACAGUAUGUACCUUGUUUCGUUGUGGGUUUCUUUCGUCAGUCGUCCUGUGGGUUUCCCUUCUGGUCUGGUCUUGAAGAUCAGUGUGGCCUUACGGCCAUAUGACUCGCGACGUGCUUUUUAGGAAGCACAGGUAGCCUUUGGCGAGGGAUCGGACAAGCUGUGGCGUGUGGAUGGAUGCCUGCAACAGCUUGAUUGGUUAGCGCCUGCUGCUUGUGCUCCGGUAACGCUAGCUGGGAGCGUAAAGUCAUGCCCUCAUUCAACCCGGACCCAUAUGUUAUCCAUUACGAUGCCCC